CGGGGGACAGAACUGGAAGGAUGUCAUGAAGGAAACACCUGUUUUGGUAAGCUGAGGUGAUCUCCUGAAAAUACUGAACUAAAUCAAACUCCAUAUGGACCGCCAAGCCCCCCCCUCAUGAUUUUCUUCUGAAUAUCUUUAAGAGAAAUGGGCCUGGGCCACUCCAAGCAUCAGUCUCGGGUGAUCAAAGUCACACCUUUACAAAGCCAAGAGGCGGAGACUCCCUCAGCUGGCCCUGUGUUCUACGCAUUAAAUCGGAACCUGGAAGAAAAGAACUCAUACCCAUUCUCGAGACUGCAGGACCAAAAUCUAGCUCUAGAAAGACAGCUACCACCUCUCCGAGAAACCUGGUAUGGAAGACAUCCUGCAGUAUCCAGGUCCAUGUGUCUUGACAUCCCACUGAAACAUGAAGAAUCAAGCAUUAUCAAAAGGCAUCCACCCCGAAGAAUUCAAAAGCUUGACCCCAUUGACCUGCCACAAGUAAUUACCUCUGAGCAACUCCUGCGCCAGCCAGAAGCCAGAACAGGACACAAAGCAGAGCAGGAACCUGGGAAGAAAAUGCAGCUCUCCAUGUACACCUCUGGGAAGAGACAGUAUUUACAUAAGAUGCAAAUGCUGGAGCGGAUCCAUAAAAGGCAGGAGGCCCAAAUGGAGUUGAUGAAUAGUCUUCAGAGUGCAACAAGACUUGAUAUGCAAAAGCAGAAAGACCAUAAUGGCGAUAAAAUCACCCAAAGCUUGCCAAGGAACGAUAGCUAUGACGUUAUCACCAUACUGCCUGAUGAAACCAUAAACAGAGACCCAGGAAGUUCACAGGAUGAAGAAUUAUUGGACGAUCACAGAGAGAAUGACUAUUGUGUCCGGAAAAUUGGCAAAAUGGAAGCGUGGCUCCGUGAGCAAGACACCCAAGGACGGCUUUUCUGGAGCAGCUCCAGCUACGACUCAGACGAGUUUGAGAAGGAUCAGAAGAGGCCGCAAGCACUGGUGAGGACCAGGACGGAGAGGAUCCCACUUUAUGAUGAGUUUUAUGACCGAGAAUGAGAAAGCUACUCACGGCCCAGACAGAGAGGAGUGGUUUGCUCGUUUUCAUCAAAAGCAUUCCUAUUUGCAUAUGAACCACUCAGGGGGAAGUAAUUUACAUCUGUCUUCUGGAGUCUUGUAGUUCAUGGGUUUGUCAUGUAUGCUCUAGGUCUAUGACUUAAAACUGAGGGGCUGAAACAAAGGUCACUUGUUUGUCUUACUUUUCUGUGGGUAGCUGGGCUCAGUGAGGCUGUUGCGUUGGUCUUUUCACAUAGCUUAUGGAAUUUGACAGCAGACGGCAGCUCAGACUAGAGCCACAUAAAGGCUGAGUUAGAACACUUUCCAUACAGUCCAUGCAUGGUCUGUGCAGCAAGGUAGUAAAUUUUUCCUUUCAACCAGUCCAAUGUUUCUAACAUCAAAUAUUCCAGCCGGAGGAAGCUGGAGGACACAGAAUUGAUGAAUGUCUAGUCAUUGAACCCACCCUGGACCACUUCCACCAUAACCUAUCAAUUAAUGCAAGUCAUAGAUCAAAUGUUAGCAAACGAAGAGUCCACACAAGGAGACAGGUACCAAAAAGGGUGCAUCCUGGGGACUUUAAACAUCACCUCGCUUGUCAAAUCUUGGAACUGGUUUUGCCUUUAGAAGCAUGGUGGUAACCAGGCGGUAGUGGUGCACACCUUUAAUUCCAGCACUCAGGAAGCAGAGGCAAGUGGAUCUCUGUGAGUUUGAGUCCAGCCUGGUCUACACAGUGAGAUCCAGGACAGCCAGGGCUACACAGAAACUCAGACUGAGGUCAGGGGAGUGGGGAUGAAGAAACAUGGUAGCAACUGUAGAAGGAGCAGUGGGCUGCAUUCCUGCCACCCAGCUCCCAGCCGCCUGGCUAGCUUAUGCCCCAAAAUAACAACACACAUAUUGUAUUCAUUUAAACACUGCCUGGCCCAUUAGUUUCAGCCUCUUACUGGCUAAUUCUCACAUCUUGCUUAACCCAUUUCUAAUAAUCUGUGUAGCACCACGAAGUCGUGGCUUACCGGGAAAGAUUCAGCAUGUCUGACCUGGUGGCUGACUCCAUAGCGUCUGCCCUGGAAAGGAAAGGCAUGGCGAUUGCCUAACUUCCCUUCUUCCCAGCAUUCUGUUCUGUCUACUCCACCCACCUAUGUUCUGACCUAUCAGGCCAAGCAGUUUCUUUAUCAUUAACCAAUGAAAGCAACAGAUAGACAGAUGACUUUCCCACAUCAGGCAACAUGCCUGUAAUCCCGGCACUGGAGAGGCCGAGUCAGGAGGAUCAUGAAAUCAAGACCAGCCUGGGCUACAUGACAGAAGUCUGUCUCAAUCAAAUGAUCAUCAAUAAAGGCAAAUCAAAUCCUAUA